CAUGGGUUGCACGAGAACUACUGUAAAGAAUAGUGUUAUCACAGUAUGCCCUAAUUUUUCUAUUUAGAGUAGAUAAAAAGGCUAAUGUGGUAUCUUUAUUCCCUUCAGGGAGAUCGCAGCCCAUGUGUAGUUUGUUUCUCCUCCUCUCUUCCUCGCAGCAGCAGGGCGGGAAUCUCUCCAUCAGGUUUUAAUAGUAAGAGCGCAGCGCGUGCAGUAGCAGCAGUUUACUAACCAGCGCAGCGGGAAAACAGCGCAACUUUACUCAGAAACAACAUCUUUUGAUUUGUUUUUGGAUCUUUCCUCGCUUUGAGUUAAUUUCCCCUAAAAGAAAGCAGAGAGUUUCUUCUGAAUCAAGAGUGGAAGCGUUUAUCUCACAAAAGAUGGCGAUGAAAUUAUUGGACCCCAACUCCACUAUAACAUGUCCAUUUUUCUCCUCUGUGGAGAACGGCCACAACGUCUCAGUGAACCGUACCUCCUCUCGUCCAUACCAUUAUCCAAACAUCACCUAUGUGGACUUCUAUCUGCAUGAGCCCUUGGUGUCUGCUAUCUUCAUUGUAUCCUACCUCCUCAUCUUUAUUGUGUGCAUGGUGGGAAAUGGAGUGGUGUGCUUUAUCGUGCUAAGGAGCAAGAACAUGCGUACGGUCACCAAUCUCUUCAUUCUCAACCUGGCCAUCAGUGACCUGUUGGUUGGCAUCUUUUGCAUGCCCACAACAUUGGUGGACAACAUCAUCACGGGUUGGCCUUUUGGCAGUUUGGUGUGUAAGUUGAGUGGGAUGGUGCAGGGAAUAUCGGUAUCCGCCUCUGUCUUCACUUUAGUGGCCAUCGCUGUGGACAGAUUCCGCUGCAUUGUCUAUCCCUUCAAACAGAAGCUCACCAUCUCCACCUCCACCCUCAUCAUUGUCAUCAUUUGGGUUCUGGCCAUCUCCAUCAUGUGUCCAUCUGGUGUAAUGCUACAGGUCACCAAAGAGCACAGGGUCUCCAUCUUGCUAAGCGAUGGCAACACCACGCAACCCUUCUACUGGUGCCGUGAAAACUGGCCAAACCAGGAGAUGCGCAAGAUUUACACCACGGUCCUCUUCGCUAACAUUUAUUUGGCACCUCUGACUCUCAUUGUCAUUAUGUACGCUCGGAUUGGAAUCACACUCUUCAAAACAUCAAUGCCUGCUGCUGUGUGCCAAGUUGGGACCUCAGGCUCUGGUUCUGGCUCUGGGAAACAUGGCAGAUUUGAAAGUCGUCAACUGGUGUCCCGGAAAAAGAAGCGGGUCAUUAAAAUGUUGCUUGUGGUGGCCCUGCUCUUCAUCCUGUCAUGGUUGCCAUUGUGGGCUCUCAUGAUGCUGAGCGACUACGCAAGCUUGAGUGAGCAUCAGCAUCGCGUCAUUAAUAUCUAUUUUUAUCCUCUGGCUCACUGGCUGGCGUUCUGUAACAGCAGCGUCAAUCCCAUAGUCUAUGGCUUUUUUAAUGAGAACUUCCGUAAGGGUUUCAAGGCGGCCUUUAAGCUUCAGCUCUGCUCAGCCCUUUCAGGGAAGAGGAAAAGCUACUCUCACAGGCUGCAGGGGAAUGCUGUAUUACCUGCCAGCUUGCCCAUGACUAAGGAGUCUGUACUGGAGGCUGGGGGUCCCAGACAAGGACAAGAGCUCAUCCAAGGGCUGGUGUCUGUGGGCAAUGGGAAGGGUCAGGGUGACAGAAGCCAGUCUUCAGGCAAGGAGAACAUGAAAGAACAGGAUCUGAUCAUGGAAGAUCUGGAGAAGGUAAUGUAUGAUUUAUAGGUGCUUAAUGAUCUUCAUGGAACCCAUGGUCAAAGAUACUGUGCACUCUAUGAUUUUCUCUUCUCACUGACUGUUUUACUGCUGGGAGGACACCAUGAGUUCGUCUUUCAUCUCUUUUCAUCUCUUUCAUCUUGUAGGCAAGAUGUGCUCUGCCUUUUCUCUCAUGAAAUUUUAAAUUUAAGACCAUAAUCAUGCCAGAACGGCAGCCUGAUCCGGAGGGUUUAAAAUUCAGACAUUGUGUGUGAUAAGCACAAAGAAGGCCAUUUUGUUGACCUAGCUUUGACUUGAUAAGAUGCGAAAUGAAAUGACAUGACAUCUUACUGGAUGCCAAAUUAUGCCCAGUGUCAUUCCUGGAUGUUUACUCUGUCACCCUGUUUAACCUGAGGAAUACACCCUGAGGUUCAGAUAAAAUUACACCAAAUGUCAAGGCCGUAACUAAUACGGAUAUUCCUGUGGAAAAGGUCUUGAUUCUAAGCCACAUCUCAAACUGACUGAAGUACCUGAACAGGGCAUAUUUGAGAGGGAUUUCUAUUGCAUCUCUACCUGGAUGGUUAAAUUACUGCAUUUUGUUAAAAUGGCCUGUUCAAUUUCUCCUCUUUGUGUUGAAAAAUGACUACCUUUUUUAAAACUGCCUGCUCAACAUGUUCAGUCAUUAACCAACAUUGAAUGAAUGUCAGCUGCAAAACUUGCAGGUUUCUUGCUGGCGUAUUUACAGGGUGAAUGUAGUAGGUCUGUGACUAAAUGAGGAGCAUCAUAACUAUGAAUCUGUAUUAGUAUAAAAUAGUUCACUGUAACAGUAAGGGUAUUUUGCCAGUUAUUUUCAAAAACACUCAACAGUUUGUGUCCUGACAUGGGGACAGUGCCUGAGGAUCUUUUCAGACUCAAAAACUCAAUGUAAAUGAGCUGCUGAAUAAGAGCAGUGCCUUAAAAAGAUGGCAUUAGCGGUCAGAAACCAUGAGAACUUGAACAGUCUUAUGUGGAAUGAGUCAAGAAACAUCCCCGAGGGAAAGGCAAGUGUCCAAACUGUCACUGGCUAUUGCAUCUGACAUUUAUAUAUUUCAGUUUCUCUUUUGGCGGAUGAGAAUCUACGCUGGUUAUUUUGUAUGUGUAGAAAAAAAAGACCUCACUCCAAAAGGAAAUUUUGUUGUCUGUGUUUCUAAUGUAAACCUGCAGUUGAGUACAAUGUGAUAUACUUGAGGCACACAAUGUAUUGCUGCUACAAAGUCUUUUCAGUGGGUAAUUUUCAGUUAGGUAAUAUAUCCUCUUGGCUGCAAUUUUACAUCUUACUGUGCUUUGCAAUGACGUGUAAACAAUGAACAAUCUAUUCAGGAAAUAGUCAUUAAUUGAGGUUAGGCUGGAUUUGUUUUAUUAUUAUUUGACUAAAAAUGCUGUGUAUUUUGUCUCUGAGAGCAAAUCAUACACAUAACGAAUGUUAUGGUAUCUAAUGCUUAAUUAUAAUAAUUACAAAAAGAAAUAAUUAUCAUUAUAUCACCACUGCUUGUUGCAUAAUGUGCAUCAGACAGAGAACAAGAGUUUGUUGUCAGGACCUUGUUGAAAUGUGUUACUGGUUGAUGGUCAUUAUGAUGAGCAACAUUAAUUUCGUAAAAGUAAAAAGCAUUUUGGGGUGUCAGCCUGCUUGUCAUGUCAGUGUGUCGUGACAGCAUAAUCGUGUCUUUAAAGUCCUAUUUUUGGGGACAUAUUUGACAGUAUAUUACCACUGAAACAUAUUCAUCUCAACAAGACAGAUUCUAUAGGACAAUGUUGCCUAUAAACAACAUUAUUUUGACAUACUGCACAGAACACAGCAGAUAGGAAAAUUAUACAGGGAGAAAACAUCUUAUUUUAUCUCUCUAUAUUUCAGAGUUGUUAAAUGUCUCCAGCACCGGCAGUCGCACAACGUUGUAGGCUACACUGACAUUCAGUUUAUUCUUCUUUAGAACCUGGAAACAGCAUCAAAGGAGUUGAUAAGUAUGCGAUGCUAUACACGAUUCCCACACUAUGUAUAUCAUCCACCGCAACAUCAAGAACCUUCAGUUCUAUCAUCCUUUUUCUGAAAACUUGUACAGAGAACUUGUACAUUCCCAUUCUCCAGUGUUUCUGGUCAAAUUAGCAUAUUUUCCUAGAAGAAAAUGUAACAUUAAACAUAUUAAAAUGACUAAAAAAAGCAUACGGCUCCAUAGUGCUGACACUUUACAGUGCCUCAGCAGUUUAAUGAGUGGGGAUAGAUGACAUGAAGUGGCCUGAAGUUUUACUGAAAACAUAUACAGCUCAGAAUUGCGGUGAAGUUCAGAGGGCUUUUUGUCCACAUUAUACAAGCACUCAUACCCUGCUUACAUAAGUGCUGCCAUGCUCAUUUUCUCUCAUCAGUCACUGACAUGCAAUUCAUAUGGUGCCAGAAACGAAUAUUCUUUUCAGGUUUGUUGGUGCACAAAUCAAUUAAUUUCAGGAAUUCUUUGUUUAUUAUUGCUGCUAUUGUGGCAGCUAUGAAACUGAGCUUAUUUUAUUUAUUUAAUUCAGUUGCUUGUUUUACCCAGUAUUAACAUGGGUUCAUAUGAAGACCGGAAUAGGACAACAGCAGAAUAUGUCAUGGUGGUGUUUAUCAGGAAAAAGGUGGAUAUGUUUCUGCAUUUUCAAAUUGUAAGCGACAGUAGUCUCAAUUGAGAUGCGCCUCACUACACCUGAAAUUUAGACAAGAGUAGAUGGCUGCAUUUCUCACUUCUUGAAGUGGAUCUACUUGAUCGAAGGUAGAUAUUGCAUGAUUCACAAUCAUGCUUUUAUGCUAAUAAAUUGGAUGUAAUCUAAACUCUGUUGCUUUUAUAUAAAAAUAAAUAUGACAAACAAGACACCCAAAGUAGUGGUUAGUUAAUUUUCCUACCAAAGAUGUGUUUUCCAUCCAUUUUUAGUUUAAUAAAGACGUGUUUUAGAUUUUUUUUAAGGAAUAUUAGUGAUUAUUGACAUGACAUGGGGCCAAGUACAGUGGGUACGGAGA